CCGCUCCUGUUUGCGGCAGCCGAACUCGCGCGGAGAGGGCGAGGUCUGCCCUUGGCUUCGCCUGCCCAGCUGCACCCGAGGGUAGGAGCCCAGGGCAAAGGAGGGAGCACCGAGAGGUGGGGGAGGCCACAGCCCAGGAAUUGCUCCGCAGCAGAGCCGGGCUGCCCAGGCGAGCGACCGUCAUGGGGCUGGAGAAAGAGAAAGCGGACACCAAAAUCUUCAUGGAUGAAGACGGCUUCGAUCGGAGCGACAGCCCCGCGCCGUCCGACACCGGCAAGAAUUCGGAGAAAGCAGCGCCAGACCGGGACCCGCGCGGACUUAACAGCCACCUGAAGCUGGGGUUUGAGGACGUGAUAGCAGAACCUUCGUCCAUUCACUCUUUCGAUAAAGUCUGGGUCUGCAGCCACGCUCUCUUUGAGCUCAGCAAGUACCUGAUAUAUAAGCUCCUGACACUUGUCCUUGCUGUUCCCUUGGCCCUGGUUGCAGGAAUUCUCUUUGCGGUGCUCAGUUGCCUACACAUCUGGGUUGUGAUGCCAUUCAUAAAGUCUAUCCUUUUGAUCUUGCCAUCCGUGCAAACUGUAUGGAAGAGCUUGACAGAUGGUUUCAUUGCACCAGUGUGUCACAGCAUGGGACAGUGCUUUUCAGGAAUCAACAUACGCCUUGACCAAGAGUGAACAAUUUGGAUCCAAUGCUAUUUUAGUCUUAAGUGCUAUUAAAAUCUCCUUAUUGGUAUAAUGUAGAGACACAUAAGCAUUCAUUCCAAAGCUACUGCUGUUUAAAGGAAUGACAUUUUCGCCCUUCAGCUGGGUUGCACUUUUUAUGGAGGGAAAAGCUUGCUUUGGGGAUAGGGAAGAUACCGAUAUUGUAACUAAAAGAUAACAAGUGACAUUUAACAAUGUUAAGGUAAUGGUACUGCUAAUGCUUGGUUUCCGUAAAUGUGUUGUGGAUAACUAAGGGAUGUCAUCUUGAAGUGUAUCAAUCAAAUUUUCAUCUAUUGUAUUACUCAAAUUUCCUAGAAAUCAUUCUAUCAAUAGAUUUGCCUGUUUAUUGACUAUAAACAGCUCUUAGAAAUAAGAAUGUAAAAGGUUAAUUUGGAAGAGGUUUCUUAUCUGAAUUCUGCUGGUCAGCCUUUCUAGCCACACAAACAGCUAGCUCUGUUUGUUUAUAGAUUCUAUAAUCCAUCAGCUUCUUGAACUGUAUAACCUCUUAGUAUACAGGUAGUCCUCGACUUACGACAACCACAAUUGAGCCCAAAAUGUAUGUUGCUAAGUGAAACAUUUGUU